CGCAGCAAGAGUGGCAGCCGGACUUGCGAUGCUGCGAGGGUGCAGAGCCGCAGUGCCGUAGCGGGCAGCAGAGCCAGCCUGCCCUCCCAGCAGCGGAGCCCCUAGCGAAGGCGGAAGACCCCGGGGCUGCCAACCCUGGAAGCCGCCUGAUGUCCCCGCCCCAGAGAGGGCUGCACUGCGAGGACGCCGGGGCGCCCGCUUCGGUCCCCUGGUGUCUCUCGGUUCCUCUUUCCUCCCAAGUAAGGGAAUAAGCCGCUAGGAGGGAGCGCCUCCGGCAAGCGCGCAACCAAGUGUAGCAUGGUGAGGAAUUUCCAGGAUUUCAGGACUGGCCUGGACUACAGCAGGAGGAUGUCACCUGAGGAGUAACAGGAGUCUUUGUCAGCUGCCGAGAGCUGCCCACCACUGUCCUCGUCUGAGAGCCCUGGAAGUCUUCCGAAGGCCUCAUCCACUGCACAUCUGUGAUGAGCCAGGCCCUGAGCUGGGCCCUGGCUUCUCCCUGGUGAGCAGCACUCCACCUGUGGCCUUGGGCAGUCACACUCAGCUGAAAGAUGAGUGAAGAGCAAUGGGUCUCUCUCUCCUCAGAAGAGUUUGAUCAACUCCAGAAGUACUCUGAAUAUUCCUCCAAGAAAAUAAAAGAUGUGUUGACUGAGUUUAAGGAAGGUGGGAGCCUCAAGCAAUGUGACCCACACAAGCCCAUUAGCUAUGAUGUCUUCAAGCUGUUCAUGAGGGCAUACCUGGAGGUGGACCUUCCUCAGCCACUGAGCACACACCUCUUCCUGGCCUUCAGCCAGAAGCCCAGACAGGAGACACCUGACCACCCAAAGGAGGGGGCCAGCAGUAGUGAACCCAAUAUCUCAGAUUAUAAUGCGGAUAAUGCUGCCAAAGCAGAUGAGGCCUGCGCUCCAGACACUGAAUCAAAAGUGGCUGAGACACAAGCAUUGCCUAAAGCCCUGGAGGCUCUAACCCUGUGGGAAGAUCCUGAUGUUCUGUCUUCAAGCUCAGAUGCUCCCAUGGUGUACCUGAAAGAUGUUGUGUGUUACUUGUCCCUGCUGGAGACAGGGAGACCUCAGGAUAAGCUAGAAUUCAUGUUUCGUCUCUAUGAUUCCGAUGAAAAUGGACUCCUGGACCAAGUGGAAAUGGAUCAGAUUGUGAACCAAAUGCUACAUGUUGCUCAGUAUCUGGAGUGGGAUCCCACGGAGCUCAGGCCUAUAUUGAAGGAGAUGGUGCAAGGGAUGGACCACGACAAGGAUGGCCUUGUGUCUCUGCAGGAGUGGGUCCAUGUGGGGAUGACCACCAUCCCACUGCUGGUCCUCCUGGGAAUGGAGGACUCUGGCUCCAAAGGGGACGGGAGGCAUGCCUGGACCCUGAAGCAUUUCAAGAAGCCCACUUACUGUAACUUCUGCCACGUCAUGCUGAUGGGUGUUCGGAAGCAAGGCCUGUGCUGCAUUUACUGUAAAUACACUGUCCACCAACGCUGUGUGUCCAAAAACAUUCCUGGAUGUGUGAAAACAUACUCAAAAGCCAAAAGGAGUGGCGAGGUGAUGCAGCACGCGUGGGUGGAAGGGAACUCCUCCGUCAAGUGUGACCGGUGCCACAAAAGUAUCAAGUGCUACCAGAGUGUCACCGCGCGGCACUGCGUGUGGUGCCGGAUGACGUUCCACCGCAAAUGUGAAUUAUCGACAGUGUGUGACGGUGGGGAACUCAAAGACCACAUUUUGCUGCCUACUGCCAUAUGCCCUGUCACCCGAGACAGGCAAGGAGGAAAGUCGGACAGCAGCGUGGCCUCCAAGGGUGAACUUGUAACGCAGGAGCAGGACACCAGUCGGGAGGACCAGCUUUAUGCGAAACGCGGUCUGUCUGGGCAUGAUGGUGCGGUACCAAUGGUGAGGCAUCCCUGGAUAAUGAGAAAUUACAAGAUCAUCCCUAGCCCAGGAACUCACCCCCUGCUGGUCUUGGUGAACCCCAAAAGUGGAGGGAGACAAGGAGAAAGGAUUCUGCGGAAGUUCCACUACCUGCUCAACCCCAAACAAGUUUUCAACCUGGACAACGGGGGGCCAACUCCCGGAUUGAACUUUUUCCAUGAUACCCCAGACUUCCGUGUUCUUGCCUGUGGCGGAGACGGCACAGUUGGCUGGAUUUUGGAUUGCAUUGAUAAGGCCAACUUCACAAAGCAUCCUCCAGUGGCUGUCCUGCCUCUUGGAACGGGAAAUGACCUGGCAAGAUGUCUCCGCUGGGGAGGAGGUUACGAAGGUGGCAGCUUGACAAAGAUCCUGAAGGAAAUUGAACAGAGCCCCUUGGUGAUGCUGGACCGUUGGUGUCUAGAAGUUAUCCCCAGGGAAGAGAUGGAGAAUGGAGACCAGGUCCCAUACAACAUCAUGAACAACUACUUCUCCAUUGGUGUGGAUGCCUCCAUUGCACACAGAUUCCACAUGAUGAGAGAGAAACAUCCUGAAAAAUUCAACAGCAGGAUGAAGAACAAGCUAUGGUAUUUUGAGUUUGGUACCUCAGAGACCUUUGCAGCCACCUGCAAGAAACUCCAUGAUCACAUAAAGCUGGAGUGUGACGGAGUUGAGGUGGACCUGAGCAAUAUCUUCCUGGAAGGCAUUGCCAUUCUUAACAUUCCCAGCAUGUACGGAGGCACCAAUCUCUGGGGAGAAACCAAGAAGAACAGGGCUGUGAUCCGGGAAAGCAGGAAGAGCGUCACAGACCCAAAGGAGCUGAAAUGCUGUGUCCAAGACCUCAGCGACCAGCUCCUUGAAGUGGUGGGUCUCGAGGGAGCCAUGGAAAUGGGACAGAUCUACACGGGCCUGAAGAGUGCAGGGAGGAGGCUAGCUCAGUGCUCCUCUGUCACCAUUAGGACCAACAAGCUUCUACCAAUGCAAGUAGAUGGAGAGCCCUGGAUGCAGCCAUGUUGCACGAUUAAAAUCACUCACAAAAACCAGGCACCUAUGAUGAUGGGGCCUCCCCAAAAGAGCAGCUUCUUUUCAUUGAGGAGGAAAAGCCGUUCAAAAGACUAAACAGUAUGCCAAACAAAUACCAGAUCCCCCAAGAAAAGAAAGAAGAAUCUACACACACACACACACACACACACACACACACACACACACACACACACACCUGUAAGCAGAUGAAGCAAAGCCACCCUUCCAGAGGAAAAUGUCAUCCUGCCGUAUAGUCUACCUAUUUUGAAAACGGAUCCACUCUUAACAGAGCCAAUACCCAUGAAAUAUUUUGAAUGGACUCAGGGCCCACCAGGAUGGGUUGGCUCAUACAGCAACUUCCACAUUCCCACAGGCCUUGGGUAGACUUCGAGCCUGAAGGAGAAAUCUCCUUUUUCUCCACUGCUCCUGUAAGGUUCCAGGCUGUAGGUUUCCUGCCUACAGCGAGAUCGGAUGUGGCCAGGGGAAAGAGCUCCAACCCAGAAAUUUUGCACAAAAGUCCUUCUGUAUGGAAACAAAACAGCCUCUAGCUCUCCAAGCAAAACCCUUGGCAGGGCUCAGCAAGCACACGGUGGUUUCUUCCUCGUCCUUCAGCAGCAGCUCCUCCCCUCACUUGCUGAGGAGAGCCAAGAAGCCGCAGAAAGCGUUUCCAUUCUCGGUUCUCUCUGCUGUCCAUGGGCACUUGUUCGCUUCCUGAAGCAUCUCUUGGUGGCUCUUUGCUCAGAGAACAAACAAGACUGCCUGGGCAGUCUACUUUAGAUGUGGUAUUUAUUUUCAUAGUUCUUAUGAACCUCUGGGCGGGAAAACUGAGAAAGUGGACUUUAUUUUUCAAAUUGAUGUCAUAAUAUUGUGUAAAAAGGAAAGGCGGAAAAAAAAACCACUCCCAGUACUUCCCACCCCUCACUACCACACAAGCCAAAGUGUGUCUCUUGUUUGAAUCCCAAGCCCCGGUGGCAGAUGAUGAGAGGGAAGGGCUUUGCUGGGAAAACUAGGAGACAGCCCGUCAGGAGGUUGCCUGUUUCUUUGCACUUCCCACUCUCACAGUGUGAUAGACGACCUUCUGAGGGUCUUAUAGAUGUACAUAUGUAGCAUAUAUGUUUAUAUAUAUUAUAUAAAUAUUUAUUUACUGCUGGACUUUUCCUCAUUAGAAAUGAACACAGAUAGUGUGGGAACAGAAAAAUGAGGAAGAAAAAAGAAGGAACCUACUCUCCGACCAUCAUUUGAUUGUAAAGACACAUUUCCCUGGCGUUUACGUGGAUGAUCUAGAUCCUGGGAACAACCAUGAAACACACGCUGUUCAGGACUUGUUCCCCCAUUGGUUGAUAAGGAAACUGAGUUGUGGAAAAAUUAAAAGGCUUCUCCAUGGUAUCCUGAAAGUUUAACUGUAAAUGUUACUAAGAAUGUGUACAGACAAAAGAACCCUCAUCUGGGAACAGGGUCAUUUCUAGUCACCAAGAAGUGGUUGUACUUGGAUCCAGGUUGUCAGGGAGGAACCAUCAUCCUAUAACCUAUGCAUGGAUGGAACAAGCCCACGCAAGAGAAUGGGACGUGGGGACUUGGGCCACUUCCCAAGUUCUCAAUAGCUUGUCCUGCCUGGACAGAAGUUGGCCUGAAGUUGAAGGCCCCAGACAUGUCAUCUGAUUGAAUUCCCAUGUCACUCAUGGUCACCAGUUCUUCUUGCCUUGGAAACAUUCCUGGCUACAGACGUGACUUCAGUAAAGUCUUAGUCAUGUUCAGCGGGCUUCAUUUAGCUGGUACCAGCAUCCCCUCCUCUAUGGAGAGUAACUCUACACAGAACAUCAUUGGUGAAAAGUCAACUUUGCCUCAGCCCCCUGGCUCACCUGGGCCUUCAUCUCUGUCUCAGAUUUCUCAAGAGAAAACUUGGGCCCAAUGACAUCACCCCACUGAGCUGCCUCUAAUUUUGCAAUGGACAAGGAAGGGAAUAUGAAGAAUGUGUACAAAUUGAGCCCACCUCUGAAGGAAGCCAUCAUCUAGAAUUGAGGACUGCUCAACCUAACAUGUUUUUGCUGAGCAAGGGGAAAUGCAGGUCACCUAAAGAACAUACUGAUAGGAUGCUUGGCGAUGUGACCAACAUGCUCCCAAAUGGCAGCAGGUACUAUUUCAGAAGACAUAGGCUCAGCUUCAGGGUUCAUGAUUUGAAGACAUUUACAGAAGUGUUUAUAUAUGUUUCAGCUCUGAUUCCCCCAAGACUGCAGGUUGAUACAGCACCAUUGCUAGGUGAAAUGGAUUCCCAGGGACUCACAAGUCUUGUGAAGGGGGCCCUCCAGAGAUUGAAUGUUACCUGAGUGACACAGCCCAGUCCUUUCAGAGGCACAGAGGACAAAAACGUCAUGGCAUUGCACUUUUGAUUUGCUAAUCUCAGUAAGUCUUGUGUUGUUGUUUAACCUUACCUUACCAGUCAUCUUUUAAACACCCUGACUGGGGGGUUCUCAUUGUGUAGUGCAUCAUCAUAGUGACCCUCACCCCAAGCUCUAAGGUUAGCCAAUGAAGUAUUAUCAUCUCCACCCUACCGAGAAUGGGUCUUUCUGGUGUUCAGUGGCUUCUUAAAGCUGCACAGUCAGAGGAGAGCCUGGUCCCUAAUGUGUUGUCCUGCUCGGAUUUCUUUCCAUGCUGCAGACAUGUUCUCACCUGCCUUCAUGCUUCCACCCCACUAGCAAUAAAAACAAUGAAACCAGAAACCUUCA